CGACCCGCCCUUCGAAGAGCGGAGGGGAGGAGGCGGGGCGGAAGCCAGCAAGCUCGUGGGGAGGGCACAACGUUCCGUGAUUCACUUGGGUCUGAUGAUUCAGCAGAAGUGCUGAGAGUCUCUGCCCAGAACUGGCAGCCACUUGGAGCAACUGCUUUCAAGGCAAUGGCAGUGACAGGAUUCCAAGAUUUUUUUGUGACUCAUCCAAGGCCCUUUGUGCAGACGUUGCAAGCAUUAAUGACAUUCUUUAUUACUUUUAUUGGUGUGAUGCUCCUGUUGAGGCAAAGACGGGCACUGAAUCUUUUAACUGACCUGGAUCGGAUUCUUUUGGAAGAGGUUCCCCAUUCCCCACCUCAAGUUUGAGUGUUUAAAUACUUUGCUGCUCAUUUUCACUAAAUAUAGUGGAAACACUUUGAAAACUGCACACAUUCUAUCAGCCUUGUUCGACAGGCACCUGGGAAAUAAAGAUUCCUGAUCAUGUCCGGAGCCAGUCAUCAGCUCGCCCUCUUCCUGUGUGUCUGCAGCGUUGCAGCCUUGGGGGUCCAGGCUGAAGAUGCCCAGUAUGUGGCUGCUGUGUAUGAGCACCGGUCCAUCCUCAGUCUGGACCCGCUGUCCCUCAUCAGCCGCACACAGGCCUUGGAGCUCAUGAACCAGAACCUUGACAUCUAUGAACAGCAAGUGAUGAUCGCAGCUCAAAAGGGUGUACAGAUUAUAGUGUUUCCAGAAGAUGGCAUCCAUGGGUUCAACUUUACAAGAAUAUCCAUUUACCCAUUUCUGGACCUCAUGCCGUCUCUCCACUUGGACAAGUGGAACCCGUGCCUAGAACCCCAGCGAUUCAACGACACAGAGGUCCUCCAGCGCCUGAGUUGUAUGGCUAUCAAGGGACAAAUGUUCCUGGUGGCCAACCUUGGAACAAAGGAGCCUUGUCAUAGUAGUGACCCAGGGUGCCCAGAUGAUGGAAGAUACCAGUUUAACACGAAUGUCGUGUUCAGCAGUAAUGGAACCCUGGUCAGUCGCUACCGCAAACACAACCUCUACUUUGAGGCAGCAUUCGAUACCCCUCUGGAAGUGGAUCACAGCAUCUUUGACACCCCCUUUGCUGGCAAGUUUGGCACCUUCACUUGCUUUGAUAUAUUGUUCUUCGAGCCUGCUGUCAGCAUCCUCAGAGACCCUGAGGUGAAGCACAUUGUAUAUCCAACUGCCUGGAUGAACCAGCUUCCGCUCUUGGCAGCCAUUCAGAUUCAGAGAGGUUUUUCCAUUGCCUUUGGCAUCAACUUUCUGGCUGCAAACAUCCACCACCCAUCCCUAGGGAUGACCGGAAGUGGCAUUCACACUCCUCUGAAGUCCUUUUGGCACCACGACAUGGAAAGCCCUGAAGGUCGCCUCAUAAUUGCCCAAAUAGCCAAAAAUCCACCAGGUCUCAUUAGCACAGGGAACACCACAUCGAAGAUGGACAUAUCCCAUAGCAAGUUUUUAAAAAUCCUGGCAGGGGAUCUAUACUCUGAGAAGGAUGCUCAGGACAUCCAUUGUGAUGGAGCCCCUGAAGGGAACAUGAGUGCUCCCCCCACAUUUAACUCUGAAAUGAUGUAUGACAAUUUCACCCUGGUCCCUGUGUGGGGAAAGGAAGGUUACCUCCAAGUCUGUGCAGAUGGCCUUUGCUGUCAUUUACAUUACCUGAGGCCCACCCUGUCCAACGAGUUGUAUUCCCUGGGGGUCUUUGAUGGCCUUCACACCGUGCAUGGCACUUACUAUGUUCAAGCCUGUGCCCUGGUCAAGUGUGGGGGUCUUGGCUUUGACACCUGUGGACAGGAGAUCACAGAGACCACAGGGAUAUUUGAUUUUCACCUAUGGGGGAACUUCAGUACUUCCUAUAUCUUUCCAAUGCUUCUGACCUCAGGGAUGACCCUGGAAACCCCUGACCAGGUGGGCUGGGAGAAUGGUCACUAUUUCCUGAGGAAGAGUGGACUGUCCUCCGGCCUGGUGACAGCAGCUCUCUAUGGGCGGGUGUAUGAGAGGGACUAGGGAUGUUGGGGUGGGCUCAGGCUGACAUGUGGGCCCUGCACAGGCCAAAGCUCACAGCCCCAGGACCACCUCUCCCCCCCAGAACCCAUCCUGGGAGCUGUGGGGGAAGCCAGGGAGACUGAUUCCACUAGUGUCUCUUCUUCUUAAGUGCAAGUUAGUGAGAUGUUUUCUGGUAUUUUCUAAUCAUAUAUUUUUUCAAGUCACAUCUUUCUCCAGCAGAUCUUUCAGAACAGUUUUUGGGGUUUUUUUGUUUGCUUGUUUGUUUGUUUUUGGUCUUUUGUCUUUUUAGGGCCGCACUUGCAGCA